AUUUCGCAGAAGCAGAACCAGAAAGUUAUUUUUUUCAUUCCACGCUAGAUUUAUUUUUUGGUUAACCCAGGUUAACCAAACACGUGUCACUAAGUUAAACAGUUAAUUAACAAUCUUGAAUCUCAUCGAUGGCAGUGAACCAGAAAGUAGUUACCAACAACCCUUCUGGAAAUAUGAUGGGUUCUUCUGAUUAUAUAAUAGAUCCAGCUGUAAGAGAAGUCCAUUAUGAUGAUUUUAAUAAUGAUAUCAAAAUGGAUAUAGUAAAACACGAACCUAUGGAAUCGGUCUCUGACUUUGAAAACCAGACAUGUUCUAGUAGUGAUGAAAAAUGUUCAUAUACCUCUUCCUUAACUGACUGCAAAAAUAUACUAGUUAAAAUUGAGGAUGACAAUGCUACCUAUGAGACUAUCAAAAUUGAAAUAAGUGAUGAGAAGUCAAGUGAAUGUAACAUUUUAAAUAUUUGUGAAUGUAAGGAAAGUUUUGUUAGUGAGGUAGACCUUAUCAACCAUAUAAGUAAGGGAUGUGUCAAACCAGACCAUUCUGACUUUGAUACACCAGAUUUUGGAUCGCAGCAAGAAAUGUCUUGCAAAAAUGAAAUAACCGAUGAAGAACUUUUAGCCGGUGUAUCACAGGAAAGCCCAUCUAGCUACAAGAUCAUUUUGAAAAAUUCUGAAACUUGUAAAAAGCAAUUUCGUUGCGAAGUCUGCUUGAAAUUUUUCACUCGCAAGAGUGCUUUAAAAACUCAUGAGAGAUAUCAUACAGGAAAGAAUUUGAAUUACUGCAAGUUCUGCCCGAAAACUUUUAGUAAGUUGUGUAAUUUGAGAAGUCACGAAAGAAUACAUACAAACGAAAAUCCAUUUCGAUGUAAACUGUGCCCCAAAUCUUUUAGUGUACAAAGUAAGCUGGAUAUCCAUGAAAGAACUCAUACAGGUGAAAAACCAUUUCAUUGUGAAAUCUGCUCCAAGUCUUUCAACCGAUUGGACAAUUUAAAAGUUCAUAUAAUGACUCAUACAACGGAAAAACAAUUUCAGUGCCAAAGCUGCUUGAAAUCUUUCAGUCAACUAAGUUAUUUGAAAAACCAUGAGAGUAUUCAUUUACAAGAUAAGCCAUAUCGUUGUAAAUUCUGCCCAGAAUCUUUUGCUCGUGGACGCUGUUUGAAAAGCCAUGAAAUUAUUCAUACAGGAGAGAUACCUUUCCAAUGCAAAAUUUGCUUGAAAUCAUUCAAAAGGCUUGAAUAUUUAAAAAGUCAUGAAAUAAGUCAUACAGGAGAUAAACCGUUUCAUUGUGGAAUCUGUGCAAAAUCAUUUUCUCAGCGGCGCUUUUUAAAAGCUCAUGAGAAAAUACAUACAAAAAACAAAUGUAAAGCCAGGCCAGCUUCAAAUAUUUCAAUAAAGAAGAGCGUUUGAAAAAUAAUAAAGAUGUAGCUUUCAAAACCGAGAUAUCCAUAUUUGCAAACAUUCUGAAAAGAGUAAAUAAUAUUUUGAUAAGUCAACUCAAAUUUGAAAUAUUGGAAAUACCUGUGUGGAAAGCUGUAUGUAUGUCCAUAAUCAUUACUAGAUUACUAGAUACUAAAAAUAAACAAAAAAAUUAAGGUCCAGGAAAAACUUGGAUGUUGGACCAAAUAAAGUGGAUAAUGGUGUGAUAGAUUCUUGUAGAGAGUAUUUCAAACAAUAUAAUAUUUCAUCUCUUGCAUCAGUCUAUUUGAAAUGUGUGUAUGUAUAUGUGUU